CCAUCCAUCCAUCCACCCAUCCACCCACUUAUUUUUAAUAACCCUUUAGACAUCACAUAGAUACCACCUGAAGAAACCUGAUGUAAACUUACGAGACUGGACAGAUAGCAGUGCUUCCUUUCAUAAAUGGCUUCUUGGUAAAAUACCCCAGCUAGGCUGAGAGUUUGGUGCUGGCCUCUUCUCUCUUUGUCUCUGAAGGCAUAAACUCUAUCAGUGAUUUCCUUCUGGCUCAUGGUGGUCCUUCACCAGCUGAGCCUACCCCACUUGCUAGAGGAAGGAAGCUUUGUGGCAUGAGUGGGUGUCAUGUGACUCCUAAUCUCAGAACCCCAGAACCUCACUGUAUGAGGGGCCGUAUUGAUACACACAGAUCUCAGCCACUUUGAACAAAGUCCAGCAUGGAUGAGGGCAGUGUACAAAUCAGUCAGUGCGCAAUCUUGCUGAAGCCCUGGGGUGUUGGAAGGCUGGAAUUAGAGAAGGUUGUGUCAGAGCAUGAGUAGACGCUGUGGGCAGAGGGUGUUUAUACUUCUCUUGCCCCUGGGGGGGGCAUAUGAUAGGAGGUACCAGUGAAGAGAGGAGUUGUGUAUGGGUUGAGCUGGACCUUUGGAAAGGGAUGAGGUCACCAAGUGACCAAGUGUAGAAGGAGGGAAAGGAGGAGAAGCAGAAAUAAGAACGCUGAGUGUCAAGAGGUAUAUUUUCUGGAGUCUGAAAGGUAAGUGGAGAGGUGAGAAUCAUGUUCUGCAAACCAAGGAUGGAAAGGGGACAAGAGGAAGUGGUACAAAGAAAAACUGCAGGCAAAAGACAACUGAAAUCAUUCAAAGGCCAUAGAGAGACCUUUAAAAUAGAGACAGCAACACUGUCCUUACUGCCACCAUCAUCUGAGGGGACAUUCAUCUCCUAAUAGGUGCCCCCUCCUCUGGUCUCCUCCCAUUAGUCCAACCUCCAUAUACAAAGGGAUUUUACUCUCCAGCUGAUGAACAUUCCUGAAGAUUUCCUGUUGUCUGCAGGAUAAACCCCUAAGUGCACAACACUCCUUCAGGAACUAGUGCUAGACUCUGUCUCCAGUUUUAUUUUUUAUAUUCUGCCCUUUACUCCAGCCACACAUGGGUGGAUUUUCAUGACUUUGUACACUCUUCUUUUUUGGACUGUUCUUUCCUUCUGUACAUAACUAACUAAAGUCUACUCAUCUUUCAAUAUCCAGCUCACAGAUUGGCACGGGAUUAAUACGUAAUUCAUGCACUUAAUGAGUCUUUUGUAUCAUUUCAGAUCACCCCACACAAAUUACUGCCUCCUGUGGCAACUUCAUGGCUCGCAUACACAAUGUGACUGAAUUCAUUUUCCUAGGAUUUUCUCCCAGCCGGGAGGUGCAGAAAGUUUGUUUUGUGCUAUUUCUGCUUUUGUACACAGCAGUUGUGCUGGGGAAUUCCCUCAUUGUGCUCACUGUCAUGACCAGCAGAAGUCUUGGUUCUCCCAUGUACUUCUUCCUCAGCUGCCUGUCCUUUGUGGAGCUCUGCUACUCCUCUACUACAGCCCCCAAACUCAUCUCAGAUUUGCUGGCUGAAAGGAAAGCAAUAUCACUGUGGGGCUGCAUGACACAGCUUUUCUUUAUGCACUUCUUCGGUGGUGCUGAGAUCUUCCUGCUCACUGUGAUGGCCUAUGACCGCUAUGUGGCCAUCUGUAGGCCCCUCAACUACAGGACUAUCAUGAACCGGCAAGUGUGUGCUGUCCUGGUGGGAGUAGCAUGGGUGGGGGGCUUUGUGCAUUCCUUUGCCCAAAUCCUCCUGCUCUUCCACUUGCCCUUCUGUGGCCCCAAUGUGAUUGACCACUAUUUCUGUGACCUGCUUCCCCUGCUCAAACUUGCCUGCUCUGACACCUUCCUCGUCGGUCUGCUGAUUGUUGCCAACGGGGGGACCUUGUCUGUGAUCAGCUUUGGGAUCAUCUUAGCCUCCUAUGUGGUCAUUUUACUCCAUCUGAGGACUCGAAGCUCUGAGGGGCGGAGUAAGGCCCUCUCCACCUGUGGGUCCCAUAUCACCGUGGUUACCUUAUUCUUUGGGCCCUGCAUCUUCAUCUAUAUGAGGCCUUCCACCACCUUGUCUGUAGACAAGAUGGUGGCCGUGCUCUACACCGUCAUCACGCCGCUCCUCAACCCUGUCAUCUACUCCCUGAGAAGUGCUCAAGUGAAGAAGGCCAUGAAGAAACUGUGGAUCAGGGCAAUGAAGCUAGAUGAGAAAUAGAGGCUGACUCUUGGUAUUGAUCCUUGGGUUUAGAAUGAUGCUGAGUCCAAACUGAAGGGGCAGAAUGGGGUGAAGGAAAGGUCACAGCACUUGUUAUUUCUGGAGUAAUUCUAAUGGUCUCAUCUGCAAACACUGUAUUCAAAUGACCUGUGAGAUAGUUCCUCUUAUGGAUAUAUCUAUAACUUGAUUGCCCAUUUUCUGUUAGAUGUUCAGAUUGUUUCUAAUUUUUUUAUUGCUAUAAAUAACACUGUGUUAAGUAUUCUUGAAUGGAAAUCUUUAUACUUCUGAAAUUCUGUUUGACUCACUUGCUAUAAUGAAUCUACUGUGUUAAAAGGGAUAAUGACCUUGAUGUAUAGUGUUAAAUCGAUUCUUAGAAAGAUUGUAGGGGCAUCUGGGUGGCUCAGUUGGCUGAGUGUCCAACUCUUGAUUUAAGCUCAGAUCAUGUUCUCACAGUUCGUGAGUCCCAGCCCUGCCUGGGGCUCUAUGCAGUCAGUGCAGAGUCUGCUUGGGAUUCCCUCUCUCUCUCUCUCUCUCUCCCCCUAUCCUGCUUGUGUGUGCUCUUUCUCACUCAAAAUAAAUAAACUUUAAAAGGGUUGUAAUAACCUUUCUUGUGAAAGUACUCCUGACAAAUUAAACACUGUCAUUAAACAUUUUCUUGAUGGCAAACAAGAUUUUACAUAGUCUCAAAGUAUCUCCCCAUAAGAUACUUAUUAAUCGCAAAAGACAAACAUGGCUCUACAGUUGAGAAAACUGGAAGACAUUCCCUUAAACAUUUACUCAAGUAAACAUCAUCAGUAUUGAGACUGGAGAGGCACAGGAUAACAUUGCUGUGGUAUUCUUGCCACAAAUACACAAUCUGAGUCUAACCGUGACAAAAUAUCAGGCAAACCCCAACUGAAAAAUAUUCUGCAAAAUUAACAGCCUGCAUUCUUCAAAACAUGAAUAAGAGAUUACGGAAUUUUUCCAGAUACAGACAUAGGUAAUUAGAUGCAACCUGUGAUCCUUGAUUGGAUUCUGUACUGGAUGAAGGUCAUUAGUGAGCACAAGCUGUGUUGAGGGGACGAUAGAAUUGUAUCAGAGUUAUUUCCUGAUUCUGAUAAUUGUGUGUUUAUGUCAGAGAAUGUCCUUGGAUUGGGGAAUCAUUUAGUAAGGUAUCUAAAGGUAAGUGGGCAUUAUGUCAUCAACUUUGAAACAUUUCAGAAAAAUUUGUUUGCCUACCUGUCAAUCUAGUGAGAGAAUGAAUGGUAAAGAAAAUGUGGCAAAAUGUUAAUAUUUGGGGAAUUUGGA